AUGGUUCGUAUGAACGUCCUCGCCGACGCCCUGAAGUCGAUCAACAACGCUGAAAAGCGUGGCAAGCGUCAGGUGCUGAUCCGCCCGUCUUCAAAAGUGAUCGUCAAAUUCCUCAAUGUUAUGGUCAAGCACGGUUACAUUGGCGAGUUUGAAAUCGUGGAUGACCACCGAUCCGGCAAAAUCGUCGUCAAUCUCACCGGCCGCCUGAACAAGUGCGGUGUCAUCAGUCCUCGAUUCGACGUGAAGCUCCACGAUCUGGAGUCGUACACGCGAAACCUUCUGCCAUCUCGUCAGUUCGGCUACCUCGUCUUGACCACAUCGGGCGGCAUCAUGGACCACGAAGAGGCCCGAAGAAAGCAUCUGGGAGGCAAGAUCUUGGGUUUCUUUUUCUAA